AUGAUUUCACUGAUCAUCCCACCAAAGGAUCAGAUCUCGCGAGUCUCUAAAAUGUUGGCGGAUGAAUUUGGAACAGCCUCUAACAUCAAGUCACGUGUUAACAGGCUUUCUGUGCUUGGAGCUAUCACCUCUGUGCAGCAUCGACUAAAACUUUAUACUAAAGUGCCACCAAAUGGUCUAGUCAUCUACUGUGGUACAAUUGUUACUGAGGAGGGAAAGGAGAAGAAAGUGAACAUUGAUUUUGAGCCAUUCAAGCCCAUCAAUACAUCAAUGUGA